AUGAAUAUAUCAUCUAUGCUAUCUAAUGAUAGUAAUAAUAUUAUAGAACAAAAUAGUAAAGAUAUUUACAACCAAAGUAUAACGCCAUCAACAAAUAUAAAUCAAGAAAAUAUUGAUAAUGGUAAUAAUAUAUCAUCAAUACAUCAUCAACAACCAUCAUACAAUAAACCAGUUAUUAGAGAUGAUGAUGUUGCCACCAAUGCUGCUGGUGUUUCAACCACUCAAUACCAAAAUAACAAUUUUACAACCAUAAAUGGAAAUGGUUCAUUACCAAUACUAUCCAAAUCAAACUCCAUAAUUGGUGAUAUACUACCUUCAUUUGAAUAUGACGCGUCUAUUAACACUAUUGAUCCCAUUUAUCAAUCAAAUUUUGAAAAUAAUAUAAAUAUAAUUAAUGAGUUAGAUAAAAUUCAAAAUUUAAAUCAUAACCUCAAAUUAUUAAAAUUUGAUGAAAUUAAAUUAAAUAAUUAUCUUAUAAAUACUCAUCAAUUUGCGGCAAAUUAUAUAGAUAGAGUUGUUGCAGAAGAUAUUUCUUCAAGAACAAAUAAAAUUAGUGAUACUAACAAGAGUAAAGAAUUAACUUUAAUUGAUCAAUCAAAACCUUUACAUCAUAAUAGUACAAGAGGUAAAGAAUAUAAAUGGGGUUCAACAAGAGAAGUUCAUAAAAUUGAACAUAAAUCAAGAAGAAGAAAAAUUGCAAGUACUAAUCUGGAGAAAUCAGCUUCACCUUCAAUUGAUAAUGGAUCUGCUACUUCUACCACUACAAAACAUGUAUUAAUUAAACCAAAACCUUCAAGUUCAUCAACAACUCCAACUGAUUUAAAUGUAAGACGGAGUUCCCGUCCAAAAGCUAAAAGAAAAACUUAUGAAGAAGGAGAAUAUGAUGAAUUUGAUGAUUUUAAUGAAUUUUAUGAUGAUGAAGAUGAUGAAGAAGAAGAAGAUGAUGAAACUAGUAAAGCUAGCAGUAUAAAAGAACAACCAGAUCUUAAAAAACAAAAAUUAGAAGAUGGUAAAGCUAAAUCAAUGUCAUCAAAAGAAUAUAAAGCAUUUAUGAGACAAUAUGAUACUACUUAUGUUGCAAUUUGGAAAGAUAUGUCAAGAAAAGAUGGUCCAAAAGUUAGUAGAUUAAUUCAACAAUCUACUCAAGCAAAAUUAAUUAAUUUAAAAAAGACAAGUAUAUUAGCAGCAAGAGAAGCAAAAAGAUGGCAAUUAAAAAAUACUAAAAAUCAAAAAGAUUUAGUAACAAAAGCAAGAAGAGCAAUGAGAGAAAUGUUUAAUUUUUGGAAACGUAAUGAAAGAAUUGAAAGAGAAGCUAAAAAGAAACAUGAAAAAGAUUUAGUUGAUAAAGCUAAAAAGGAAGAAGAAGAAAGAGAAUCAAAACGUCAAUCGAGAAAAUUAAAUUUCUUGAUUACUCAAACAGAAUUAUAUUCACAUUUUAUUGGUAAAAAAAUUAAAACUGAUGAAAUUGAAGGUAGUGAUUCAGAUCCAAGAAUUAGAGCUACCACCAAUAAUCAUGAUAAAACUCAUCUUGAUAAAUUUGUUGGAGUUGAAGCUGCUAAUCAUGAUAUUUCUUCAUUAGAUUUUGAUAAUGAUGACGAAGAUGCAUUACAUAGAGCAGCUGCACAAAAUGCUCAAAAUGCUUUAGCUAAUGCUCAAAAUAAAGCAAGACAAUUUGAUGGAACUAAUAAUAAUGAAAAUGAUGAUGAUCCUUUUAAAAAUCCAGAUACAAAUGGUGAAGAAAUGAAUUUUCAAAAUCCUACUUUAUUAGGUGAUAUAAGUAUUGAACAACCAAAAAUGUUAAAAUGUACAUUAAAAGAAUAUCAAAUAAAAGGUUUAAAUUGGUUAGCUAAUCUUUAUGAACAAGGAAUUAACGGUAUAUUAGCAGAUGAAAUGGGUUUAGGUAAAACUGUACAAAGUAUUUCAGUAUUAUCAUAUUUAGCAGAAACUCAUAAUAUUUGGGGUCCAUUUUUAGUUGUUACUCCAGCAUCAACAUUACAUAAUUGGCAACAAGAAAUUUCUAAAUUUGUACCAAAUUUUAAAGUUUUACCAUAUUGGGGUCAUGCAAAAGAUCGUAAAGUUUUACGUAAAUUUUGGGAUAGAAAAUCUUUAAGAUAUGAUAAAGAUGCUCCAUUCCAUGUAUUAGUAACUUCAUAUCAAUUAAUUGUUUCAGAUAUUGCUUAUUUUCAAAAAAUGAAAUGGCAAUAUAUGAUAUUAGAUGAAGCUCAAGCUAUAAAAUCUUCACAAUCAUCAAGAUGGAAAUCUCUUUUAUCAUUAAGUUGUCGUAAUAGAUUAUUAUUAACUGGUACUCCUAUACAAAAUUCAAUGCAAGAAUUAUGGGCUUUAUUACAUUUUAUAAUGCCAACAUUAUUUGAUUCUCAUGAUGAAUUUAGUGAUUGGUUUUCCAAGGAUAUUGAAAGUCAUGCUCAAUCAAAUACAGGAUUAGAUGAACAACAAUUAAGAAGAUUACAUAUGAUUUUAAAACCUUUUAUGUUAAGAAGAAUUAAAAAGAAUGUUCAAAGUGAAUUAGGUGAUAAAGUUGAAAUUGAUUUAUUUUGUGAUUUAACAAAUAGACAAAAAAAAUAUUAUAAAAUGUUAAAAUCUCAAAUUUCAAUAAUGGAUUUAUUAGAUGCUGCAAAUUCAAAUAGUUCUAGUAGUGGUGGUGAUGAUUCAUCUACAUCAUUAGUUAAUUUAGUUAUGCAAUUUAGAAAAGUUUGUAAUCAUCCAGAUUUAUUUGAAAGAGCAGAUGUAAAAUCACCUUUUGCAUUUGGAAAAUUUGCAGAAACUGGUUCAUUUUUAAGAGAACAAAAUGAUUUAGAAUUUAAUUAUUCAACUGAAAAUUUAAUUGAAUUUAGUUUACCUAGGUUGAUUUAUGAUGAUUUGAUGACACCAAAUUAUAACUUAAAUAAUAAACUGUCAAUUUUAGAAAAAUUUAGUAUUUAUAAUCCUGAAAAUAUUGAUUCAAAUGAAAAUAAAUUAAGAAUAUUAGAAUAUGAACCAUUAACAAGACAAAAUUUAAUAGAAAGAGCAAUAAAUGAAAAACAAAUAAAAGAUCCAUUAAAUAUUGUUGAAACACCAAACUUGUCUGGUGAAGUACCUCAAAAAGUUUAUGAAGAAAUGUAUUUAAAUAGACAAGAUCCAGCUUACACACCAAUAGCAUCAGCUCCACCAAUAACAAUAAAUUGUUCAUCAAUAAAUUUUCAAAAUAAUUUAAAUCAAGAGUUAUUUGAUGACAAAUUAAGAUCAUCAUUAUAUCCAAUGUCAUUAAAUAAUGAAUUAAAAUAUAUGCAAAAUCAAAUCCCCUUUCAAAAUUAUCCAAAAACAAAUUUAUUACCACAACCAAUAUCAAAAUUUAAUAAUCAUUCACAAAUUAGAAUGCCAUCAAUGGAAAGAUUUAUAACAGAAUCAGGAAAAUUAGCAAAAUUAGAUGAAUUAUUAAUUCAAUUAAAACAAAAUGAUCAUCGUGUCCUUAUAUAUUUUCAAAUGACUAAAAUGAUGGAUUUAAUGGAAGAAUAUCUUACAUAUAAACAACAUAAAUAUAUAAGAUUAGAUGGAUCAUCAAAAUUAGAUGAUCGUAGAGAUUUAGUUCACGAUUGGCAAACAAAACCUGAAAUUUUCAUUUUCUUGCUUAGUACAAGAGCUGGUGGAUUGGGUAUAAAUUUAACAGCAGCAGAUACUGUUAUAUUUUAUGAUUCAGAUUGGAAUCCAACUAUAGAUUCUCAAGCAAUGGAUAGAGCUCAUAGAUUAGGACAAACUAAACAAGUUACUGUUUAUAGAUUAUUAACAAGAAAUACUAUAGAAGAAAGAAUGAGAGAUAGAGCUAAACAAAAAGAACAAGUUCAACAAGUUGUUAUGGAAGGUAAAUCUAUGAUUUCUAAUCAAGAUAAAGAUAAAUCUGCGAAUAGUAAAAAAGAUGCUGCUAUGUUGUUGUUAGGUAAUGAUGAUUAA